AGCACUCGAGACGUCGCCGUAAACCGCUCCGCACCCGCGAGGACACACUCGCGUUCGCGCGCGAAUUUUUCUCGUCGCGACCGCCCUACGCGCAACGCAGGCACAACCGCGGCACGACGCGAUUUACGUCUGUUUUCUGUUAUCUCCGGUGUGAGACGUUAUUACGAUCGAGUCGACGACCAAACAUUCGGGCCACGGAUCUACUAAACAUAUUAUAAUAAUAUUGUACAUAAAUCGCGAUCGUUGCGAUCCGUUUUAAACGCGCUUUCACAGAGUGCGGAUUUCGUUUGACAGUGCCGCGACGACGCUGAGGACGAAAAGUGAAUACCAUAAAUUAUAUCAUCUGCGACAGCGGCGGCGGAGACGUCGGCGGGAAUUUUCGAUCUCACAACAAUAUUGGUCACUGAAAUUAAACACAUCUAGCUGGUGAUUUGGACACACGAAAAUUAGCGUACGAGAAGCAGCACCGGGGUUCGGUCGGAUGCGCGACGACUUUGAUCUUCAGCUGGUGCGGCAGCAGCAGCAGCAACAGCACCAACAGUUGCAACAGGAAGACGUGGUCGUCGCUGACGACGACGAUCAGCGGCGGAGGAGCAGACGGCGGAUGCACCAACACCAGCAACAUCACCACCAGAACCAUCACGACGACGAAGACGACGACGACGACGACGACGCUGACGACGCUGACGACGGAGACGACGACGAAGACGACGCCACGGACGACGGUGACGGCGCCGGCGUCAGCAGCGGUGUCGGUGUCGGCGGUGACGACCGCGACGGUAACCACGGUCAAGAGCGGCAGGGCCGCGGUCAGCGAAACGCCGACGCCGGUGGACCGGACGCCAGUCGGUUGUUGAACGCGACGGACGGUACGGACGACGAAGCCGACGUGGUCGGCGGCGGCGUUGGUGCGAGUACGCGCGGCGACGUGACUGCCAACGUGCCGGCCGACAGCACCGGUGACAGUGCGGGUGUUGCCGGUGACGUGGACGCGAACGACGGUGACGACGGUGACGACGACGACGACGACGACGACGACGACGACGUGGACAUGAUGAUGAUGAUAGACGCGGGUAGACAGCCGGUGGCCAUCGGUGGCCGCGAGUCUUCGUCGCCUCCGGCACCGGCGCCGGUCGCGCUCGGCUCGAUCAAAGUCGACUCUGCCACGGCGUCCUCGUCGACGUCUUCGACGCCCCCGCCGCAACCACCGCCGACGUCCGCUUCGACGGUGCCGAUGUCGUCCAUCACCACCAGCACCACGAGCACCACCGCCGAGGGCCAACAGGACGAUUACGAUAUGACGACAACGGUUUCCGGUGUCGGCUACAGUGGCAUUGGCGACGGUUAUCCCACUUCCGCGACGUCAGUGGGUCUCACCGACAUGAUAAGCGGCGUCGGCAAUCACCUCCAUCCACACCACCACCACCACUUGCUCCUCUUACAUCACCAGCAGCAGCAACAGCAACAGCAGCAGCAGCAGCAGCACCACCAACACGCUCACCCGUCGCAGCUUCAAACCGGCGGGACCGCAGCCACCGGUUAUUAUGGCGCAGACGCGGUUGGCAGCCAACAUCACCAUCCGUCAGUGGCCGCUGCGGCGCUGCCACUACCUCCACCGCCGCUGCUACUUCACGAACAACAGCAGCAGCAAAUCGGCGGAGACUUGCAGCUGCAACUCCAGCUGCACCACCAGCACCAGCAUCAGCACCAGCAGCAACAGCACCAGCACCAGCAGCACCAGCAACUGUUGCAGCAGCACCAACAUCAGCAGCACCAGCAGCAACAGCAGCAGCAGCACGAAGACUUAUCCCGCCACCACCAUCACCACCACCAUCAGCUGCAGCUGCAGCAACAGCAUCUCGUCGAUCACCAGCACCACCAUCACGAACUCACCAGCGCCGCGGCCCACCACCAUCUGCAGCAGCACCAGCACCAGCAGCAGCACCAGCAGUUCGCGGCCGCGCACCCACACCACCCGCAGUACCUGCAGCAACAGCAACAGCGACAACAGUUCUCGCCGGCUACGGCAGCCGCCACCGCAGCGGCCGCUGCCGCCCUCUCUCACCCCCAUUAUCACCAGCAGCAACAUCACCACCUGCAGCACCAACAACACGGCGACGGCGCUGGUGCCGGUGACGACGAUGACGAUGACGUAGUGACCGCCGCUGUAGCGGCCGCAGCCGAUAACGGUGGAUAUCCGUCGUCAUCAACGUCAGCCACGGCCGCUGCGGCCACGGCUGCCGCUUAUGCUGCGGCGGCGGCGCUGUACGGCGGUGGAGCCAGUGGCCAGGGACACCACGGCGUCCACCACCACGGUGGCCAUCACCAGCAGCCACAACAGCAGCACAUGUUGCUGCCGCCGGUCGUGCCGGCUGCACCUCACCAGCAACACGGCAUGCAGCAACAGCACCACCACCAGAUGAUGGUGAUCGGCGGAGGUGGCGUUCCUUCGUUAACCACAGCUCCACCGGCGUCCGAUAGUCCUCCUACACCAGCCUUGAUGCAACUGAGGGCGGCUGCAGCCGCAGCUGCUGCCGCGGUGGUGGAUCCCUCAGCUGGGGCGGCGUUGUCUUCGCCACCCGCCGGCAAGGCUAGACGGACGGCGUCAUCGGGGGCCAUCAACGACGCCGCCAGCGGUGGUGGUGGAGGCGGUGGAACAACCGGCCGUUGCGGCGGUGGCCGUGGCCGGGGUCGGAGAUCGGCCGCGGCCACGGCGGCUGGCGGUCUUUCAGCCGCAGCCGCGGCGGCGCUACAGCAACAGCAGCAGCAGCAGCAGCAGCAGCCCUUAAUAUUGCACCCACACCACACGCACCCACACCACCACCCGCACAUGCAACAGCAACAGUUCGGCGCGGGCGGCCCUCCGGUCGUGUCGGCGUCUGCGACGGCGGCGGCAGUGGCCGCGUCGGCCACGGAACAGCAGCAGAGCCCACCGCUGGACAGGGUGUUCGUUUGGGACCUGGACGAGACCAUCAUCGUGUUCAACUCGUUGUUGACGGGUGGAUACGCAGUGGCUCACGGAAAGGACCAGCGAGUCAUGCAGCAGCUCGGGUACCGGAUGGAGGAGAUGAUAUUCACGUUGGCCGACCAGAAUUUCUUUUUCAAUGAAAUCGAGGAGUGUGGCGGCGGCGACCAGGCGCAGCACAUCGACGACGCCGCGUCCGACGACAACGGACAGGACCUGUCCGGCUACGACUUUGGCGCCGACGGGUUUUCCGCGUCCACGGCCUCCACCCAACACCACCAGCACCACUUCAUCAACCAGCACCACUUCAACAGCACCGGUGCCAGUGCUGGCAACAAUCACCAGCAGCAUCUGCAGUACCACCAGCAGCAGCAGCACCCGCAGCAGCAACAGCACCACCACCAGCAGUACCAGCAGCAGUCGUACCAGCACCAGUCGCACCAGCAGCAGCAGCAACACCACCACCUGAUGAGCGCCGGCGGUGGGGGCUCGUCCGUCGCCAAUCCGUCGUCGGCGGGUGGUCUGAGGGGUGGAGGUCUGAGGGGCGGUGCCGGUGGCGGAGGUUCCAGCGGCGGCGGUGGCGUGGACUGGAUGCGGAAGUUGGCGUUCCGGUACCGGCGAGUCAAAGAGUUGUACAACCAGUACCGGAACUCGGUCGGAGGACUACUGGGACCUGGCAAACGGGACGCUUGGCUCCAGCUCCGGAGCGACAUCGAACUGCACACCGACGACUGGCUCACGAUGGCUGUCAAGUGCUUGAACGUCAUCAAUUCGAGGCCCAACUGCGUCAACGUGCUGGUCACCACCACACACCUGAUACCCGCGCUGGCCAAGCUGCUCCUGUACGGGCUCGGACCGCACUUUGCCGUAGAAAACGUGUACUCUGCUUCCGGUGGCGGCGGAGGUCCGUCGGCGGGCGGCGGUAAGUCCGGCGGCGGAGGCGGAACUGCGGGUUCCGUGGCAUCGGCCGGAUCGUCGAAGGAAUCGUGUUUCGACCGAGUGGUGCAGAGGUACGGCCGAAAGUGCACGUAUGUGGUGAUUGGCGACGGGGCCGAAGAAGAACGGGCAGCCCGACAGAUGAACUUUCCGUUUUGGCGGGUGUCCGGCCACAGCGACCUCCGAGCCCUGUACAACGCUCUGGACAUGGGAUUCCUCUAAGCCGACCAGCCCGAAUCGGCGGCACACCUGCAGAAGUGGCGGUGGUCAGUGUCAGCGAUGUCGUCGUCGUCGUCGUCGAUUUUAUUUUUUUUUUCUGCAGGGACGACGUCAUAACGAUCAUAAUUUUUAUGUAUAUAAAUAUAUAUAUUAUAUAGUAGUAUUGUGUAGUAGUGUAUCAGAUGGUAUCGUCGCGUGUACAUAAUAAAAUAGUAAAAUAUAUAAUGUAAGCCGCACGAUUGACGCGACAACGACGGCGUCGUGUACAUAUAAUGUCAUAAUAAUUGACGAGUCGUCGUGUAAAUAAUGAUUAUAUUGUAUUGUGUUUUAAUGUUUUGUAUAUUAUUACGUUUUAUUAUACUAUUCUAGUUAUCUAUGUAUCCUACAUAUUUUUUUUUUUCGGUGUGCCCGUCAGUUUGUAUAGUUUGUCCUGGACGUCCAAUAUUAUUUAUCAUUAUUACUCUGUACCGCUUGAAACUAUUAUUGCAUUGCCUACUCGUAGUUCAAUAUUCGUAGCGAAAUCGUCUCCCGUAGUCGGACGAUUAUAAUAGUACUAGACGAACAUUGUGCGUGUGUAAAACUUGUAUUUGUUGUGCCGUAUGUAUAAAAAACAUAUAUAUGCCGGGUCGCAUGAACAAUCACUAAAAAACAUUUAUCGAAUCCACAGUGAUCUAAUGGUCGCUUAAUAUUAUGAUUUAGUGGCCUGUGAUCGGUUCGUUAAAUCUUACCGAACCGUUAAAAUAUGAAAUAUUUUUUCGUGCAGCCCGGCAACAGGCUCAUAGGCGCAAACAGCGAGGCUCCUGUUAGCCCUUCUCUGGCACUCCACUCGGACCCCGGGGACUAUGCCUCCCCUCCCCAUUAAUCGUUGUGUAGCGACCCCCCCCCCUCCCCCAAAAACCUGAAGAUUUCACGCCACAUUGGAACACGAUAAUAUGAAAACGUUUUCAUCCCCGCGCCAAAAUCUUCAGAACCCCCAAAUCGCAAACACUAUUUGCGCCUAUGUAUAUAGUAUAUUAUGUCGUAUAAUUUUGUAUAGUGUGUAUUUUUUUUCUUCAUAUUUUAUUCCCAUGGCUCACGCUAUGUUUAUGUUGUAUUUAAUAUUAUAUUAUCCUAGCCGUCGUACACUUUUUAAAUAUCGCACCGUCGUAGAUAUUUUUAUCAUAUACUGUGAAAUAUAAUGUCAUUUUUUCGGGUAACACUAAAUUUCUCGAUCGGAUUACGUUGGAUUGGAUUUGGCACUUUGUUGACAAGCUAUGUACAUCUAUUGCCUAUUACGGGCUAUAGGAUACCAUAGGAGCAUAUUUUCAACUGUUCAACUCUCCCGGACGAACACGCCGCCCUGCAAGACUAGUAUUGUUUUUGAAUAACAACAUCACCUAUUUUUCGAAAUAUCUCAAGGUUUUUGUUAUUAUUGGUAUCAAUAACAGACUGUAAUACUUAAAUGAAAAUAUUUUGCACAACAAGUAAAAUAAUAUUUCACCCUUGAACUUCCAUCGUGGUCGUAUGAUAUCAAUCAAUAAUUCUAUGAACACACGUAGACGUCCUAUCAUUUUAAAAAUCAACAAUUUCUAUUUUUAUUAGGUAAUGUAAUUAUACCAGAAGUUAUCGACUUUAAUUGUAAUAAAAAUCGCCAACUUGAUCAAUCUGCUAAAUUAUAUCUUACAAAAUACAAUUCUAUUCCAGCACAGUAAUGUACACCUCUUACUGGGGAAAAAAAAUUCAGUUAAAAGUUUUACCUUAAAAUACUAAACAAAUAAUCCAGAUAAAUGUAUUUUGACAUUUAAAUAAAUCGAGAAAAACCCGAUUAAAAUUGAAAUGGCUCUCAUAUUUAGUAAUAUUUUCGUUUAUAGAGUGAUAUUAUAAUCAAUGUGACCAAAUAAACGGGAUUACACAAAAUAUGGUACAAAAAAAAGGUGUCACUAUAAAAAAAUAAAAUGCUAGUUAUGCUGAGCGUACUUAUAUAAUAAUGUGUACUUAAGUAUAUGACUAGGUACCCCCUUAGUUUUUCAUAAAAAAAUAACUGUGCGCUCGAAGUCUCCAACGCAAUCGGGAAAUUUAGUGUUCGGCGAAAAUGUCUUUAUAUUUUCAUUUACUGGCUGCAGUAUAUAUGGUUAUUCGUAACGCGUUAUAAUUAUAUUCCUGAGCGAAGUCGGUUGACGGAUGCAAAGGUUGAGCGAGUUACUUUAAUUUAUCGAUUAGUAUACCUAUAAGUCGCGUUUAAUUUUUAUCAAGCAAAAUGCUUCUAUUUAAUAUUGUUAAAAAAA